GCCUGAACAUCCACAAGUCUCUAUCGAUUGACUGAGGAUUAUCAUUUUUUUCUGUCAGUGACACUCAGAUUCUUCCUUGCUCAAGCUUCCCGCCAUGAAGUACGGAUGGAGCAUGGCGCUAUCGGCAGUCUUGCUCGCACACUUCUGUUUUUGGUGGUAUACCAACGGGGUGAUUGACCGCUUUGUUGCCGCCUUUACCAAACACAUUGCUACCACAAAGUUGGCAGAGUUUCCCCACCCCGACUUUUCCCUCUCGGAACCUCCCAGCGAAUAUGCGCGGGAAAACGCAACUUUUGUGACGCUUUGCCGCAACUACGAGACGUACGAGAUGCUCGAAUCGAUCCAGAUCGUGGAGGACCGCUUCAACCACAAGUAUCACUACGACUGGGUGUUUCUCAACGACAAUGAGUUCACCCCCGAAUUCCGCUCGGCUGUUGCGGCGGUUGUCAGCGGAACGGCCUACUUUGGGAGGGUGCCCGAAAGGCACUGGGGAUACCCCGACUGGAUCAACCAGACAUAUGCGGCGGAAGUGCGGCAGCAAAUGGAGAACGACGAGAUCAUCUACGGCGGGAGCGAGUCGUACCGCCACAUGUGCCGCUUUGAGUCGGGGUUCUUUUUCCACCACCCCAUAGUUCAGAGGUACAAGUAUUACUGGCGGGUGGAGCCUGGCAUUAAGCUCUACUGCGAUAUCGAUUAUGACGUGUUCAAGAUGAUGCGUCAAGCGGGCAAAAAGUACGGCUUCGCAAUAUCUUUGUACGAAUACUCCAACACCAUUGCGCUGUUGUGGUCGACAGUGCUCAACUUCAUGAAGGCCAAUAUGGAUAUGAUCAAUACGGGCGACGACAGCAUGAACGAGUUUAUUCUCGACUACGGGUAUGACAAUGAGUCGGUGGAAAAACCGCACCCGCUCCAGGCAUCUUACAACCUUUGCCAUUUCUGGACCAACUUUGAGAUAGCUGACAUGGACUUUUUCCGCUCGGAACAGUAUACGCGUUUGUUUGAGUACUUGGACCUUUCUGGCGGCUUUUUCUACGAGCGCUGGGGCGACGCCCCGGUCCACUCCAUCGCCGUGGGGUUGUUUCUCAACAAGUCGGAGGUGCACUGGUUUGGCGACGUGGGGUAUUACCACGUACCGUACAUGCUGUGUCCAUUAGACUAUGGUCUCCGAUUGAAGAACCGGUGUUCGUGCGAUCCGCGGAAGGACUUUAGCUUUGAGAUGUACAGCUGCACAGGGCAUUUUCUUGAUAUAACGGGGCAGCAGAAACCGCUUUUAUCAGUUUAGGUUUCGAAGCAUUCCGAGUAAGGGCCGUCUAUGUCAAGGAAUAAUAGUUUGAGAAAAGGGAGGUGCAAGAAAAUGUGAUAAAAAAAUGUCCGUUAUUGUUGAUUAAGAAUCUCUCCCAGUUUUGAGCAGCCCAUUUACGUUUGCACUUUGAUCGAAUCAAACCAAUGUGAGGGUAUCAAAGAAAAUAUCCCUCUAAAAGGGAUAUACUCUUAUCCUAGACUUUCACAGGACAGUGUUGAAAAUAGAAACACGUUUGCUUGCCCGUGAUUCAGUCGAGUAGCAGAUUUCACCGCAUUAAAUUUAUAGACAGCAUAAAAUAUAAAUUAUCAGCCAUAAUAAACACAAGGAUAAAUU